GGGGGAAGGGGGCCGACUCGGCGGGAAGGUGGGUUCUGGCCGCCGGGAGCCGGGGACCGAGCCGCCGCCGCCCCUAGCGGGGACCGCCAAGAGGAAGGGACCGCGGUCCAGGGAGGGGGCCCCAACAUGCCCAAAGCGUUCCUGGUGAAGAGGAGGAGCCUGGGGGUCUCGGCUCGCAGCUGGGAUGAGCUCCCGGAUGAGGAAAGGGCAGACACCUACAUCCCAGUGGUUUUGGGACAUCUGCUCCACGACCCCCCCGAAGACUGUCGCAGCGACGGCGGCAGCAGUAGCGGCAGCGGCAGCAGCAGCGCGGGGGAGCCUGGAGGCGCCGAGAGCAGCUCGUCCCCGCGCGCCCCCGAGCUUGGAACCCCCGAGCCCGGCGACGCGGAAGGCACGACCGGACUCCCGGAGACCAGGCAGCGCCCGGUCGCCAGGUCGAAAAUCAAGUUCACCACAGGGACAUGCAGCGACCCGGCGGUCCACAGCUGUGACCUGUGCGGCAAGGGCUUCCGCCUUCAGCGCAUGCUCAACCGGCACCUCAAGUGCCACAACCAGGUGAAGCGGCACCUGUGCACCUUCUGCGGCAAAGGCUUCAACGACACCUUCGACCUGAAGAGGCACGUGCGCACACACACAGGAAUUCGCCCCUACAAAUGUGACAUCUGUAACAAAGCCUUCACCCAGCGCUGCUCCCUGGAGUCUCACCUGAAGAAAAUCCAUGGCGUGCAGCAGCAGUAUGCCUACAAGCAGCGCCGGGACAAGCUCUACGUCUGUGAAGACUGUGGCUACACGGGCCCUGCCCAGGAGGACCUGUACCUGCACGUGAACAAGGCCCACCCCGGCAGCGCCUUCCUCAAAAAGACAUCCAAAAAACUGGCAGCACUUCUGCAAAACAAGCUGACGGCCACCUUCCAGGGGAAUGCCAACCUGAGUGAGGAGGAGAAGUGAGGAGGAGGAGGAGUAGGAGGA